AUGUCGUGCGGUCUGUUAUUUUACAUCAAUUAUCUUCCUGGUAGCCAGUCGAUCUUUUUUUGCAUCUGUGUGCCAGCGAUAAUCUCGCGAAAGAUUUCUCGCGUUCCACCAAUCAACCAACAAGCUUGUGAGCACACACCGUCGGCCGGCUCACCGUACCGAAGUGACCGAAGCCACGCCCAAAAAAUUGUGAAGCCGCCCCGCGCGACGCCGCAAAAGGCCUCGUGCUCAUCGCAAAGAAUCGGCGUUUUCUCGCGCAUCAUUUUCGAGUCGAGUUUCACCGCGAUGAACAACACCCUCGUCUGUCUUGUUGCAUUCAUUGCAAUCCUAUCAGCUGGUACUGAAGCUGCAACCACUGAACAACUUCGCCAAUGGAUUCUGAACAAUCGCGAGAGUCUUAGCGGACAGAAUGACAUUGCUGGAAGUAUUUUAAGAUUAUUCGGAUGGGGUAACGAGAAGUCUACUGAAGUGCCAACAACCACAACACCGCUGCCGUCGACGACAACUCAGAAGAAGACGAAAACUGUGGAGGACAAAUCGCAAGACCGCGAUGUGUGCCCGUUUUCCGCGGAGCCGCUCGUUCUCGCCGGCGAUUUCGCCUACUGUCGGCCGUCGUCGGUUGGCGAUUGUCCUGUCGGAUUUCUGUGCGAUCAGUCGUUUAAGCUUGGAAGAUCGAUUUGCUGUCGGGACACUCGACGCGGAAUCGCGCCCAUUGGACGGCCAGUGCCUGCCAGGCCAGCUUCUCGUUUGCCAUUGAGCUGGAGCACAGUGACCCCAACAACGGCACCAUCUCGUCCGAUUACAUCGGCUUCUACGCGUAAAGCGCCAUGGUACAUCAAGGAUCGCACCGCGUGGCCGGUUUAUAAUCGAGUUGCUCCUGAAAAACCGGCAAUGUCAUCGAGUACGAACACCCCAGUUACCACAACUACCACAACGACAACGACAACCACCGAAUUGCCAACGACUACUACUGAAGCGACGACGACGACGACCACUACCACAACGACGGCGGCGCCGACUACGAAAAACUCGUGGGCUAGACUUUGGACCUCCACCGAAGAGCCUAAAUUAUUUGCGAAUGUGACUGUUCUUCAAGCGGGAUCAGUUAGACCAUUGAAGGAGGGACAAGCUGAAGCUGUUGGAGCCAUCACCUUGAUUAAUGACAAUGGAUAUGUGGUUUUAAUCGACACCGGUUCAAGCAGCGAUACCGAACGAUUGCUUCAUAGUGAGAGAGCGAUGCGUUUCGAAGCCGCCGAUUUGGAAAUGGACACCUCGAGCGCGAUAUGCGCGUGCUGUUCGCCGAUCCGAACUCGAACCGUCGGACUAUUCAUCGGAAUUUUUGAUUUCCUUUUUCAUUCUCUAACGUUUGCCAGAAGUGUUCAAUUCCUACAGCAUUAUGGAUUUAAUUUUUUCGCGACCGCCGCCGUCUCCUCUAUCGGCGUUCUUUAUUCCAUUCACGUGCUGUGCAUUCUCGCGUGCUGGUACGGUCUGGCGCGUCGGAAGUCUAGCUGGCUGGUGCCGAAGAUCGUCCUUAAAAUCACCACCGUUUUUCUCUGUGUCAGCCUCACAUUGAUUCUUGCAUUUUUUGUCUCCUCGAACUCGCCAACGAUUGGCAAUCUCAUCGCCGACGGCUUCAACGCCGAAUAUUACGAUCACAAAGCGGUCAUUGAUAUGGGUUGCAUGGUGAUUGUGUUCGUCUCGGCGAUUUUGAGCUUCGCGCAAGCAUGGCUCCUCAUUCUCCUCGUCAAUAUCUAUCGACAGAUUCGCGCCGAAGAGCUCGAGCGACUCUGCGAGCGCGCGAUUCGCAAAUUGGAAAAGCGCGAUAUGAAAUAUGCAAAACGGCGGAAGAGCGAGGCGCGUCUUGCUAAGGAGUCAGUAACUCUCGAUCAAAUCGAUUCCGUUGUUAUCACUCAUGCUUCUCCAGGACAUAUGGGUAACAUGAACUUCUUUGCUCAGAAGCCAAUUCUUUACCAUUCAAUGGAAUAUAUUGGACGUCAUGUGACACCAACCGAACUUAAAGAAAGACCAUAUCGUAAGCUGUCGACAAACGUGGAGGUUUGGAAAACGCCAGGACACACUCAACACGAUCUCUCGGUUCUUAUUCACAAUGUUGCGGGUUACGGCACGAUGGCGGUUGUCGGAGAUUUGAUUCCGAGUGAGCAUUUGCUCAGCGAAAAGAGGGAUGUAAUGAUGGAGGAAGGUGUUUGGGAUGCGGCUAUUAAGCGACAGAAUGCCAAUUUGAUUGUCUGCAUGGCUGAUUGGAUCGUUCCGGGACACGGACAGCCAUUUAGAGUUUUGCCGCACUACAGACAAAAAGCUGGGUGCACGAGGCUACUGGCUCAGAGACACCUCCACAACCAAGUUUAA